UUCAUUUCCGUCUUGAAUUGAUAGAGCAAAGACGUUUUCCGUAUUCGUGUUAAAUUUAGUAAAAUAUAUAUUCAUAAAUUUGCGUAAUUUUGUAUAAAUCAACAAAUUUUCUGCGUAGAUUGUAUAUUUAGUAAAGAAAACGUUAAAUUUUAAAGCAAUGAUGUAAAAUACGUUUUUGUUGCUCCGCUGUACGUAAUGGAGGUCUAGGCGUAGUCUCGCCAGAUGGUAUAAUAUUGGUUGCUUUUUAAUACAAUGACUGUGGAAUGUUAUAUUCCUAUUUAAAGACUUUUAUCAAAUAAUAGUGACAAUAUAUAUUCUGUGCUACAAAAUAGUAGGAUUUUGAAAUGCCGCGGAUAGAUCCUUUGCAAUUAUUAAAGUGCCUCUCGGUACUUUUAACUCCAGAAGGGGGCAUAUUGUCCAGAGAGGAGGUGCCACGCCUCGUAAAUUUAAUGACCAAAUUUUCUAAGAAAUUAGUUAGCAAAUGCGUGUACGUGUUAAUACUGAAAAGUACCGACACUGAAUUAGUUGACAUGUUCAUGGGUGAGGGGGGCUGGACCCUGAUCCAGACCUGGCUGCAGGAUGCUGUACAGACAGGCAACUGGGACCUCGUCAGGGAGAUAUUGGGUCUGCUUUUGAUAACGCCCGUAGAUGUGGAACGUUUGAAGCUGAACAUCCUCCCGAAACUGAUCAAAAGCCUGUCGAGGAGGGAGGAACUCGAAGGUGUCGCCAAGUUGUCCACACAGCUGGUGCAACAGUGGCUGGCCAUCGUGAAGGGGUCCAGCUCUGCUGCCAUGCAGCAGCAGCAGACGCAGCCCGUCCAACCGCCUCAAGCGAAGGCGGUUACCUCCGAGCCGGAACCAGCUGAAGUUAACCAACAGUCUACGGAAGAUAAGGAGAACGUCGUGGAAAAGCCUUCCGAAAACAGUAAUGCCGAGACUAUUAGCACAGGUACCUUCUACAAACCCUCUGUUAGAGAUGGUAAAUUAGUUAUACGUAAAUUGCCAGCAGCCGAUGACGGUCCGGAGGAGGGAGUUGCCGGAGAAGUGACCGAAGACGCUAAGGUGGAAGAGGGAGAGAAGUCUAAAGAGGAAGAGAAGAAAGGGGAUGAGAAGGAAGUGAAAUCGCGAAGCUCGAAGAGCAGUUCUAAAUCGGGCAAGGAGAGAGAUAGAGAGAAAGACAGGAAGAAGUCCAGCAGUAGUUCAUCGAAGAGCGGCAGUUCAAGCAAAAGCAAAAGUAGUUCGAGCAGCAGGGACAAAGACAGGAAGGACCGCGAUAAGGACAAGGACAGACGCAGGAGUUCGUCGAGCAAAAGCGAAAAGAGUUCCAGCAAGAGCAGUGGCAAAGAAAGGAGGGACUCGAAAGAGAAGGAUAAGGAUAAAGAUAAAGAGAAACAUCCGGAGAAAGAGAAGGAGAAGCAAGAAGAGAAAGAUAAGGACACGUUGGCCAAGAUCAAGCCACAGUCCAUAGAAAAACUGGGCAGGAUCCCCAAGAAGCCGAACGGCCCGACACCGGAAGAGAAAGAAAUUAAAGAGAGCAAGGAAAUAAAGAAGAAAUCGUUCAGCGUCGGCAUCAGGAAAGACAGCGAGGAGCGCCCGAAGACCGUCAAAGUGUUCAAUUCGAAGAUGCGUUCCACUGGACUGGAGGAAGAAAUCAAACCCGCGCCUCCCAGGCCCGUGAAGAAGCCUACCCCUACGGUGCAGCUGCCGACCAUUCCCCCAAAGAGGCCUUCGCCGCCCAGGGAACACCGUGACCCGGUCUUGCCGCCGGAGAAGAAACUGAAGAUCGACAAGGUGGACGUCCCGGAGCGACCCGGGGCCAUCAAAUUGAUACCACCCAAGCCUAAACCGCCUGUGCUGCAAGAAAGCGACCUCUUCAUGGACGCUCUAACCGCUUCAGCCACCACCAAGAAGGAGCCGAAGAAGCGCAAACGAAGAGCCAGCGUCACCAAGGAAUCCCCGCCAUCCCCAUCAUCUUCUCCAGCUAGGGAGCAACCCCAAACUCCGACAUCACCUUCUCAGACCACCCCCAACAGUCCGUCCUUGGGCCUGAAGAGCAUUGCACCCAUCAAUUUCUACCAGGACACGUUGAAAACUGAAGAGAACGCUGAAAAUGCCGAAAACCCAGAGAAUGAGAACAAGGAGAACGCAGUGGAGAACAACGUGGAAGUUAAAGAGAAAGCCGGAGAAGAAGAUAAAGAAACGCCAGCGAGUCCUAUGACUCCCACAGAUGAUACGAACGGUGAAGAACUCGUCGAGCCCAAAAGACCAAAGCUAGAAGGUGGUUUGAGGGGCGUCUUGUUGUAUUCGAAGAAGAAAGGCCCGAAAAGGUCAAUUUCUUGGAAAAACGAAUCCGAUCUUGUGGAGAUUCGGUUCUUUGAAUUGGACGAAACGGAAAGGGUGAACGUCACUAAAACCUUUGGCGAUAUGGCGAAGAUGGAGAUGACCAGCGAAAGAGAGGCGUUGCAGAUGUCUAGGAAAGUCGUUGGGGAGGACACAAUGGAAGCUCAGAUACCUUGGAGGCUUCCCUUCCUGAUAGACCAAGCGGAUCCUCUCGCGGUGCCCGGUCACAAGAGCUUGGAAAAAGACAUUCAAUUCGCGCGUGAAAAAAGUGUGUUGCAGGCGUUGUAUUUCGAUAAAAGGCGAGUCCCUGAUUCCCCCGAGGAACCCAUUCCGGAGAACCACCAAAUGAGCGACCCCAUCGUUAUUCCUCUGGAGGAUCCCGAGACACAGGAGAUCGAUCUGAGGAACACACCUUGGCCGGAACCAAAAGGAUCUCCUCCCCACGUUGAACCCCAAAUACCGCCACAUAUCUUCCCCAACGUACCAGGCCCCUUCAACCACCCAUUCAACAACAUGCCACCUCCUCAAUUCCAAGGGAUGCCGCCACGGUUUCCUCCUCAAGCCGGACCCGGAAAUCCAGGUCCGAUGGGACCCGGGAGCUUCAUGCCUCCGAUGAUGCCCAACGGAAACAUUCUGGGGCCUCCCAACCUGGUUCCGCCCAACGAGAUGAUGAAUCAGGGACCUAUGAACCAAAACAUGUUCCCUCCGGGCCCCGUGCACGACGGGUUUGGUCCAGGACCCGACUUCCCCAUGUUCAACCAGAACAACAUGCCCAACAACAACAUGAACAUGUUCCCGCCCAACAACUUCAACAACCACCGGCCGAACAACAGGGGCGGGUUCCGGCGUGGAGGGGGUAACAGCGGCAACUGGGUGCGCAUGAGCGGUCCCGGGAAUUGGAAGAGGGGCGGCGGCGGCCACAGGGGCGGGCGACUGUGCAAGAACGUUCAGAAUCACGGGUAUUGCAGGAACAGGGACAACUGCCCGUUCGUACAUCCGUAGGUCGUCCGUUGGACUUUUAUUCGUACGACAAUCGCGACAAUUUGUUUUAGAAUUGUGCGGGAAAUUUGUGAUAUUCGUUGUUAAGGAUUAUUCGAGUGUGGAACACUCGGAUAUCGAUGAAGUACAAACUCGAAUUAGGCAGUUAGUCUAAAAGGAUGUAGUCGUCUGCCAUUUAAUUUAUUGUUGCGAUACGUUGGGUGGCAGGACCUCGAUUGGAUAAUGGGGCGGCGUGUACAGACAUAGGCUUUUUUUAUUAUCGGAUUGUUAAGUCGUUCAAAUAAUAUAUUUAGUGGUUGUGACUCACUAUAAUCUAAAGUUUGUUUCCGUAACCAUCAAGCGUGUUUAUAUGUAAAUUGUAUAUAAUGUUAGCAUUUACUUUUUUACGAUGUUUUUUUUUAAAGAAUUACUUUAUCAUUUUCAAUAUAAUUAUUUAAAAAAUCA